CAGCAGUUCAACUUUGUAUCAACAACAAACAUCUGAGUGUGGUUCACCAACACAUUUCCUGUUGCCUUAACAAAAAAAGGCAGUUGUCAGAGAGCGACAGGAAAGCUGCUGUCCUGAGCGAAGCAGAUAAAUGAGUCAACUGAGACACCCAGUCUCUACAUGUGCUACACGUGCAGCUCAAUGGAAAAUGUGGCUGUUCAAGGUCUUCAGUGUAAUAUAUGCGGUUGCUGUUUGUGCUUCUGAGGAUAACGAUGCAACCACCUACAGUUAUAGAGAAAGUGAAUCGACAGCACCUCCUCCUUUUGAGCCUCCGGUACCAGUUCUGGAGCGAACGUCCUCCUGGUCAGACGUCUUCUCUUCUGAGAAAGUAGUGCUAGAAUGUAAAGCCACUAGCAGCUCGGAGCUGAUCAUCACAUGGAAGAAAGAUGGAAGCCCUCUAGGUUCUGGUCCAAAUCUGUCUCCGUCCCCAGAUAAGUCAGUGCUUACAAUCACAGCGUCAUCAACACAAGAUUCUGGAAAUUACACCUGUGUGGUUGAGGGCAAAAAGAAGCCCAGUCAAACUAAAGAAAGUGGACCUGUCGAAAUUACAGUUUAUGACCCACCAACACCAGGUCUGCAGCUUCAGACUGCCUGGAAAGAUGUGUUUGAAGGUGAGGCGGUGGAAUUUCGCUGUCACGUUGUCAGCAGCACCCCUGGCUGGACGUUUACAUGGCACAGAAAUAAGCAGCAGCUCCAAAAUAACCCAGUUGAGAUCAUUAAUGGGAACGGAUCAUCAUUAAAAAUCAACCCGGUCCGUCAGACGCAUAAAGGAUCAUAUACCUGCAAAGCUCACCUUACAUCUAGGGGAGUGAACUCUGGAUUCAGCAGCGAGGUUAUGAUCCAAGUUAGCGCUGAGAAACCCACUCUCACACUGACACGAGAUCCAGAAUACGAUGUGAUGUUUGCUGGAGAAGCGGUCACCUUCAGCUGUGCCAUCAGUGUCCAGUCUGCAUGGACGUACCUGUGGUACAAAGAUGGCAGUCAGCUUCCUGGAUCAUCAGACAAACUUAAAGUUCAAAUUCGUGGAACAGCAGAUCAGGGAUCGUAUACAUGCAAAGCAACAAGAGGUCAAAAUUCAGCCUUCAACACUGAUUCAAGUGCAGCUAAACAACUUAAAGUGCAACAAAACAAGCCUAAGCCUACAAUAACUCAACAGCCAGACGCUGAAAAGCUUUACGUUGGAGAAAACGUGUCCUUUGAAUGCAAAGUUGAAAACUCAGAUGGAUGGAGCUAUGACUGGUACAAAGAUGAAGCAUCAAUUCCCAACAACAGCAACAGUUUAAAAAUGGAAGGACUCGUUUUGUUAAACGGGGGAGUUUAUAAGUGCAAGGCCAAAAGAGAGAAAACAGGAUUCAACACAGAAUUCAGUGACCAGCGGACCGUACAAAUCUCUGAAAUUCCUGUUCCAACUUUGAAGCUAGUAACCAAAUGGCCAGAUGUGUUCCCCACUGAGAGUGUAAAUAUGAUCUGUGAGAUGCAGACGGACAGCGCUGACUGGACAUACGCGUUUUACAGAGAUGGCACAAAGGUCCAGCAUUAUAAUUCAGAUAAUCUUUCCAUCACCUCUGCUUCAACCUCAGACGGGGGAAGCUACAGCUGCUCAGGAAAACUGAAGAGCAGGGACGUCUACAGCACCAAAGGUUCUCCACUAAAUCUUCAUGUCGAUGCUGAGAAACCCACUCUCACACUGACACGAGAUCCAGAAUACGAUGUGAUGUUUGCUGGAGAAGCGGUCACCUUCAGCUGUGCCAUCAGUGUCCAGUCUGAAUGGACGUACCUGUGGUACAUAAAUGGCAGUAAGGUUACUGGAUCAUCAGACAAACUUAAAGUUCAAAUUCGUGGAACAGCAGAUCAGGGAUCGUAUACAUGCAAAGCAACAAGAGGUCAAAAUUCAGCCUUCAUCAUUGAUUCAAGUGCAGCUAAACAACUUAAAGUGCAACAAAACAAGCCUAAGCCUACAAUAACUCAACAGCCAGAUGCUAAAAAGCUUUACGUUGGAGAAAACGUGUCCUUUGAAUGCAAAGUUGAAAACUCAGAUGGAUGGAGCUAUGACUGGUACAAAGAUGAAGCAUCAAUUCCCAACAACAGCAACAGUUUAAAAAUGAAAGGACUCGUUUUGUUAAACGGGGGAGUUUAUAAGUGCAAGGCCAAAAGAGACAAAACAGGAUUCAACACAGAAUUCAGUGACCAGCGGACCGUACAAAUCUCUGAAAUUCCUGUUCCAACUUUGAAGCUAGUAACCAAAUGGCCAGAUGUGUUCCCCACUGAGAGUGUAAAUAUGAGCUGUGAGAUGCAGAAGGACAGCGCUGACUGGACAUACGCGUUUUACAGAGAUGGCACAAAGGUCCAGCAUUAUAAUUCAGAUAAGGGCAGAAAUCUUUCCAUCACCUCUGCUUCAACCUCAGACGGGGGAAACUACAGCUGCUCAGGAAAACUGAAGAGCAGGGACGUCUACAGCACCAAAGGUUCUCCACUAAAUCUUCAUGUCUAUGAUGCAAAACCGACAGUCACACUGGAGCAGAAUCCGGCACAUAAUUUGAUGCACUCUGAGGACUCAGUGUCCCUUAACUGUCACGUUAAUGUUUCCUCUGGAUGGACGUAUCUGUGGUACAAAGAUGGCAGCAAGUUAGACUUAUCUGGAAGCAAAUACAACAUCACUUCUGUGGCAACAAAAGACUCUGGUUCAUAUAAAUGCAAAGUUAGCAGAGGAACAGAAAGGGUCUUCUAUUCAAGCUACAGUAACAAAAUAAAGCUCAACGUUGAAGAGCGCCCAAAGGCUUCUAUAGUCCUGCUAACUGGCUGGUCAGACGUCUUCUCCACUGAUAGCUUGAGUCUAAAAUGUGAAGUAAAGGAGAGCACGCACAACUGGAUGCAUUACACAUGGUUCAAAGAGGGGGAACGAAUCGAUUCAUUCAAUGUGACACAUACAGUAACUCCCAGCAAUGACCCCGACCAGAGUACUUACACCUGCUGUGCACAUGCUGAUGAGAGACCCUUAUACUCAAAAUCCAGUGACUCCUUCAAGACCAAGAACCUUCUGUUAAAGAGGCGGGUGCUUCUUUCCAUCUCUGGCUGCAUCGUCUUUGGUAUCGCUGCGGUCUUGAUAGGAUGCGUGGCCCUGAGAGUCUUCCGCAAACCAAAUGGUCGUGAUGACAAAAUGGAAGAGGUCAACCUGUUUCCGACAAUGGCCGAGCUAAAGAUAACUGAUGUGCCGUGUCCACUGGUUGAGUACAUCACUGAUGCCUCUCUGAAUGCACCAGCUAAAGAAGAAGAGGAGGAGAAUGGCACAGUCUGCAGUGAAACAACACCCUUACCAAUAACCAAGCAGGAGGACCAAGCUGCAACGACUGACAACCAGGAAACAACAGAAACCAACGGUGGGCUGAGUUCUUUUCUACAAUGAAUGACGAAGUCUUUGCAUCAACAACAGGCCUAUCAAUGAGUCAGCAGACGUACUUCAGCUCUGUGAGGCUUUAAUGGUCAGUGCACACCAGAAAACAACAUCUUUGUGCGAUCUAGUGAUGUGGCAGUCACAGGACAUCUGAAACUCAGCUGAAGAUCAUUACAAUUGAUGUGAAAGGUUUUCGUUUUAGACGUACUCUGUCAUGGCCCGACAGCUGGAAACUCUUCAGGGCGAGAUAGUUUUAAAAAACCAGCUACUGAAAAAAAUAAACAUAUGAUAAAAUAUGCAUGAACAGAUAUUUUAUACACACAUUUCCAAACAGCACAAAACUGUUGAGGAUUUAUGCAUCGUUUAAUUCACAUUGUUUGAAUGAAUUUGGAUUUUAAGGCACUGUUAAAUAGAAAAAACAUUAUUUAUGAGCUGAACAUCAUUUAUAACCACUGUUCAUUUUGAGUUGCUGUAUAUAUUUUACAUGUACGAUGACGUGGAGGAGAAUUUAUUCGUUGUUCUUCAGUUAGAUCUUCAGUUCUCCGAGCAAGCAGCAGAUGUCAGCAGAUGUAACACAGGCUGUGGUGUUGUCCAAACUUUAUUUUUACCGUAACGAUGAAUGUCACUUUUGUUCUUUGCUUCUUGCUUCGUUUUCUAACCACUUGGAUGUUGAUUAGUUGAUGUAUUUAUGUAAAAAUUCAAGCAUUUUAAGUUUCCACAUGAAUUGUGUUAAUAAAAAGUAUAAAAUGUU